UCUCCACUGGGGCGCUACUGCCCCCCGCCCCCGCCCCCCGCCUGCUGUCCUGGUGGUGCCUGGUCUCGCUCGCCGCUCCCCACGGAAGGUGCCUGGCUAAUACACCUCUGACAAGCAGGAGGGGCCGCUACCUUAUUCCAGCCCAGUGACUGCCAGCGAGGGGAAGUGCUGGAGCUCCCCAGCACCUGCCCGCCCGUGGAGCUGGCUUUGCCCUGGGAGCUGGGAGAGUCUCCUUGGGUGUGUGGCUUUGGGUUUUUGGAGCAGUGCAAAGGGGAUAUUCACCCCCCCCCACACACACACACACGCACACACACUCCCUCCCCCGGGCUAGAGCUGGGAAUACAACAGGAGAGCGAGAGAAUCCGAGCGGUAUCCCAUCCCAUCGCCUCAUUAUUUUGCGUGUGAACGUCCGGCAACAUUUAUUCCGUCCUGCUGCACCUGGUACCUGCUCGGAUCAUGUCAGCAAAGCUUCUGGUGCUUUUCUUCCUCCUGGCAGUGUUUCAAGCCUGUUCCAGAAAGGUUGAAGAGGAUGAAUAUGAAGAUGUAACAGGCAACCAGAAAUGGGUAUUAGCUCCAAAAACUCAAGACACAGAUGCGACUCUCAUAUUAAACAAGUUGCUGAGGGAAUAUGACAAAAAGCUACGGCCAGACAUUGGAAUAAAACCAACAGUUAUUGAUGUUGACAUUUAUGUUAACAGCAUUGGCCCAGUGUCAUCAAUAAAUAUGGAAUACCAAAUUGAUAUAUUUUUUGCUCAGACGUGGACAGACAGCCGCCUUCGAUUCAACAGCACCGUGAAAAUACUGACUCUAAACAGCAAUAUGGUUGGAUUGAUAUGGAUACCAGACACUAUCUUCCGAAAUUCUAAAACAGCAGAAGCUCAUUGGAUCACUACACCCAAUCAGCUUCUGAGAAUAUGGAAUGAUGGGAAAAUCUUGUAUACUUUAAGACUCACCAUCAAUGCAGAAUGCCAGCUGCAGCUACAUAAUUUCCCAAUGGAUGAACAUUCUUGCCCGUUGAUAUUCUCUAGUUAUGGCUAUCCUAAAGAAGAAAUGGUUUACAGAUGGAGGAAAAACUCAGUAGAAGCUGCAGACCAGAAAUCUUGGAGACUCUAUCAGUUUGACUUCAUGGGUCUCAGAAAUACUUCAGAAAUUGUGAAAACCUCUGCAGGUGAUUACAUAGUCAUGACGAUAUACUUCGAUUUAAGUAGAAGAAUGGGAUACUUCACUAUUCAAACAUACAUACCCUGCAUCUUAACAGUUGUGUUAUCCUGGGUAUCGUUCUGGAUUAAAAAAGAUGCCACACCAGCAAGAACAGCACUAGGUAUUACCACUGUAUUGACCAUGACAACAUUGAGUACCAUUGCAAGAAAGUCUUUACCCCGUGUCUCCUACGUCACUGCCAUGGAUCUGUUUGUGACUGUAUGCUUUUUAUUUGUCUUUGCUGCUCUGAUGGAGUACGCAACCCUCAACUACUACUCAAGCUGCAGGAAGCCAAACUGUACUAAGAAGAAAAAGUCGCUACCUGAUGUCAGUUUUGGUCACAUGAUGAACUAUUCUGUACUUGAUAUAAGACCACCGCCUACAGUCAUCACAUUGAACAAUGCCAUGUACUGGCAAGAAUUUGAAGACACUUGUGUCUAUGAGUGUCUGGACGGAAAAGACUGCCAGAGCUUUUUCUGCUGUUAUGAAGAAUGUAAAUCUGGCUCAUGGAGGAGAGGACGGAUUCACAUAGACAUCUUAGAACUGGACUCCUAUUCCAGAGUCUUUUUUCCAACAUCGUUCCUGCUGUUUAACCUGGUCUACUGGGUUGGAUACCUCUAUCUUUAAGUGUUGCCGGUUGUGAUGAAGACUACUGUGUUUUCACACUUCUUGGGAUAGUGAACAUGAAAAAGUGAAGGAGGACAUGGUCAGUUUCAUCUCAAAUUAUAGAGGCCAUGUUACCUUUUAUCAUCACAGUAAUCAGUGAAGGAUUUUAAUAUGUAGUUGCCUGAAAAAGAAAAACCUUGAAGAAUUCUCCUGACUGCUAUUCAUUUUAAAUACAAGAUUCUUACUAAAUUCAACUAAAUUUAUAGUGUAAGCAAUGUUUAUUAAUAAUUCUAAUAUAAUGGAACCUUUACUGUUCUCCCGUGGCAUUGAAAGCUAGACAGCAUUCAAGCAAGAAACAGAGGUCAAACAUUUGAUAUGGGUUCUUCAUUCUUAUGUCCCUUUCAAAGUCUCCCCCAUUCCCUGGGGCUCAACGCAACACCCACUGGUGCUGGUUAGCCAUGAUGCAACUAGAGAUGUCUAAGUCCAGACCAACCCAAGCCACCUGCUUUUAUUGAGACCUGUUGCUGGGAGAUCUUGUCUUAGUUGUCUCUUUGCAUGGGAGAAAUCACUAUAAAAUAAAGACAGUUUCUCCGAUCCCAUCAAACCAUGUAAGGUCUCUUCUGCUGCAAAGCUAUGGGAUUCAUAGGCUUAGCCCCCUUUCUGCACACGUUAAUUUUAAUUUGAGGUGAAAAGUCUGAUUUACAGGAAUGCUCAGAGUUUGAUAACGUCAAAGAUAUCUGCCUAUAUCUGAAGUAGCUGCAAGUAUUACUUGUAGAGCAUUUCAGAGCUUUUUUUAAAAAAAUAACUGAUCAAACAUAGCAGGAUGGUACGUGAUUUCUGGGAUAGUUUACUUGCAACUGGACAAGACUUCUGCUUGUUUGUGAUAUUGUAGCAGACUAUAGCUGAUAGGACAUAUGUAAGAUUUACUACUUAAUAGCACUAGAGGUAUGUGAUUUUCUGCAGAUUACAAUUUAAUGCAAAGUUCACCCAUGCAUUUUUCUUCCCCUCCCUUCCCCCUUUAAGUGUUUUCAUAGAGUGGAGAAAAAAUAAAUGUAUUCUGUUGCUAUAGAGCUAAAUCUUGAAGUACUUAAUUACAGAAGAUUCCCACUGAAGUCAAUGGGAGUCUUGUCUGAGUUAAGGACUGAAAAAUUUUGACCUAUAUAGUUCAGUAUAAGAGUUUGCGUACGUCAACACUGGAUUUAAAUCAAAACAGAUAUUGGACACAGAAAAGACUAGGGGAUUUUUUUUUUAACAAUCAAAUAGAUUUUAACUUGGAAAAGCAUUUUGUAUUUUUGGAACAUGUUUCACAAAUUAAAUUAUUGAGAAUUGUCCAUUUUGCAACAUUUUAAAUAUUUCUACAGUGUUAAGAAACUCUUACUUUUUCAGCAAACCCUCGGUAAAUAUUACUAAGCCAACAGAACUCACAUUCUCUACCAAAACCAAAUAGCAAUGAGUUUUCAGUGCUCUUUGGUUGAAAAAUAGCCACAUAAAGUAAUGAGUGUAUUAGACUCUUAGAUUAAAAUGUGAGUCUCGCCCAUGUGUAUUUGAAAAUAAUGUACAGUAGAUAUAAUUCCUGUCCUCAAAUGGAAACAAAGGUAAAAUCCCACAAACAUACAUGGUAAUACCAUGGUAACUACAAGGAACAGUAAUUUAGUCAUGUUCUUGGAAACACCAAUGAAUCUCAGUGCUGCUUCUCUCUGUUUUCAGAGUGUUUUUAAUUAAACAAAUAGCUCACAAGAAACCUAAAAGUAGCUUUUCAAAAUAUUAUUUCUGGUAUCAUAAAAAUACGGCCAAGUCAAAUGAUAACAGAAAAAGGAAGCUGGAUAUAGAAGAACUCUUGCAUGUUUGGCUCCUGUGAAACAGAAGUACUGAACAAGAAUUCCUCUCCUUUGGAGAGAAAACAAAAUGUUUUUAGCCAGAUCAGGACCUCAUUUUACUGAAGUCUAUCCUACCCAUCUUCUGCAAUAAACUAAAACAAAUACUCAUCUGACCCAAAAGAUCAACACAUAUUUGUAAUGAUACCACAUUUCCUUUGUAGCUCACUAUUACAAUGUAAACCUUCUGCGUGUUUAUGUUUAAUUGUGAGUUCCCUGCAUUGGGUCAGAGCUGUCAUCUAAGCAAUAUGGGUGGUAGACUUACGAAGCGAGGUAAAGCUAAAUAUUCAGGACUAAAAACAAGUGAGUCGAUGCUCUGAUAAGAGCCACCCAUUAUAAACCUAAAUAAGAGAACAGAUCCAUUUAUCUUCUUGGGCGCUGAUCCUGGAAACCCUCUGCACACAGAACACCAAUUGACUUCAGUGGGAGUGUUCUAGACAAAGAGGGCUGCUUGCAUCAUUAGUCCUUUGAUUGAUAAAGUGUUGUUUAUUAAGUAAUUAUAUUUGUAGAUGAGCUCCCUUAGAGUGUCUGUGGAAAUGGAAUAUUCCAUUUUUAGACUAUGUGCACAUACUGUGGUUGAGCUUCUACUCAUUAUCUCAAUAAUACUUAGUCCUGCCUUGAGUGAAGGGGACUGAACUAGAAGACCUCUCGAGGUCCCUUCCUGUCCCAUGCUUCUAUAAUUGCUCCGCAACUCAGCAAAAAAGCACACAGUAUCCUCAGGUUCUUCCUUGGAAGAUGAAUUCUACUAGAAGUCUGAUUAUAUUGCCUCUGUUUUAUGAGUAUUGACACAAACAGACGUUGAGAACAUUAAAAACUUUGCUCUUCCCCAUCCUGUGCAACAGCAAAGCACCAAACCAAAACUCAGCCUCUGUAUAACUAAAGGUGCACUUCGGUGGUUGUUCUUGGAUAAGUGCAAACCCCACCCCAUGUAUGUACCCACACACCCGUCUCUGUCCCAGUUCAGUGUGACUGUGGCAAAAUAACCCCUGCCACAAUUUUAUGUUCAUCUUCCUUAGCCUUAUAGAACUGCAAUUUCACAGCAACAACUCCAGUACUGAUAUACUGAGGCGAGUCAUAAUUUCAAUAUACACUGAACAGAAGCUUGCAGGUGCAACCUUCACUUGCUACUGCUCUUAUCUAUUGAUGGCUGUGUGAAAUAUGUUCCUCUUUAACUGGGCUAUGCUGCUGUCUCUAAUUUUGGUCAUUUGAGCUUCAGUGCAGUAAACUGUAGAUAAGGUAGGCAGCUGUGAGACACUAGGUUCUGGAGUGUGUUUUUAUAGUCAUUGCCCCUGGAAUUGUUGCUAGCUUCCAUGGCUUACUCUGUCUGCUUCAGUGCUUAAUAUUCUGGUGGCAGUUAAGCCACUGUUGGACUGAGGCAAGGUCAGUCUACUGGGCUCGGCAUAAUUCAAAAUACAAUUAUUUGCAUCAUCUCUUUGUCCUACCUAUAUCCCCAGAGAAAAUGGUACUGCAUAUGAAAUCUGUGUGCUAAACCCUUUUGUUGUACUAAGGAAUUUCCAUACCCAUGUUAAGUGAUAUGAAAAUCAUAUAUCACCCAUGGUUUGUUUGGCUCCUUUAUGAGCAAAAAGGUAGCUCAACGCUUUUCUGGGGUGUCACAACCCAAAUUUAUCAAUCUACUUUUUAAUACUUGAGAACAUUCCAUCCCUAAUAAGCUUUGUUGCAGGCAUUAAGACAAAAAGACUUAUCCACGUCUUGGUUGUGCAAAAAUCUGAAAAGCAAGAGAGUUAAUGAUGUUGAUUCACACUUACCCAGUUUCAGUCUUAGUGAUAACAUUUAUAGUACCGUAAUGAAUAAAAAGGUUUUAAAUAUGACUGGCCAGUAAAAGCAAUGCAGAUACAUUUCUAUGGAAAAAUCAAUAGACAACCUUUAUUGUUUUAACUUGACAUAGCUGUUUGAAAUAACAGCCAAGGUCCCUUGUCCUUUUGCUUCAUUACUCAGUGAGAUAAUACAUUUAACACACCAAGAAGAAGAAUGUGCAAAAAUAAAACCUUUCAUUUACUGUAGAUUUACUUCAAUUGGGAGCUGAGAAGUGUUUUAUUGCAUUAAGGAGAGCGCUUCUAGUGCACUUGGAAUUUUAUAAAAACACUCAGCUUAAUACAGAAGCUAUCAAUUCUCAGUUAUUCCGACCUUGAAUCCUAAUGUACAGCAAGCUCCUUGGUUUUGGUUUCCUCUUUAAAAAAAGAGAUAAGUUCUAUACAUUCUUCCAGACAAGUUUAUUUUACCCUAGGAGCAGUAAUGUGCAGCUAAUGCCUUUGAUUACAAAACUACACUAAUGCAUCAAUAUAAAUAUGGCCUACAUCAAAGGGUUCCCCCAACCACUAGCAUUACAGAAAUAUUUUUCUUCUGCCAACAAAGUAGAAUUCUGGAGUUUGCCUGGACAAUCCUGUCUUAGUAAGAAAAGGCUGCAGUAUUCGUAACGUUAUAUUACUUUCAGAAACGGUGCAAGCACAAAAUCAGUUAUUUUUCAUUUAAUUAAUUGCUUAUGGCAAAGUCUACAUGCCUGUUAUAGUGCCUUUUGCGUUUCUUGGUAUUUCAGGAUAUAUGGAUAUCCUUGCAGCUGGGAAGAAUGACAAUAACAUGGCCUUCAGCACUCCAGCCGUGAGAAAUAUUCCCUGAGCAUUGUAGUAUAUGUUGUGUAUUUUAACUUGCUUUGACUUGUGUCUCAAGCAGUUUUGCUAACUCAUCAUCUUUCGUUUUCAAGCAUUACACAGAUUCCUGAAUCUGUAAACAGUGUAGAAACUUCAGAAGUGUUUCAACCAAUCAAACAGCCUCCUUUCUUCAUCAUUUCAGAUUCAUUUAGCAUUCUUUCCUUCUCUAGAAGGUGCAGUUAUGAGAUAAGAGCUAUACCACCGCAGAACUCAUGUUUAUCUCAGCACUGCUGACUUCCCAAAUGGCCAGUUCAAAUGGGCAGAGGAUGAACAAUAAUUUAGAAAUACAUUCCCGAAUGAAAAGGAGUACUUGUGGCACCUUAGAUCGGAUCCG